AGGCUAAGUCUGCAUCAUGACAGUAUCAGUAGUAACUGGGGCGAACAAAGGAGUUGGUUUUGGUAUAGUCCGAGCUCUUUGUAAGAAAGUUGGAGGAACUGUUAUCCUCACCUCUAGAGAUGAAGACAGAGGACUUGCUGCUGUACAAGCUUUACAAGCUGAGGGGUUGAACCCAGUUUUUGAACAGCUGGACAUUUGCUCUGAUGAAUCGAUUGGAGAAUUCUGUGACGCCAUUAAAUCGAAGUAUGGAGGUAUUGACAUUUUGUGCAACAAUGCUGGAGUUGCCUUCAAAUGUGCCAGUACAGCUCCUCUUUUGGAGAAAGCUGAGGUAACUAUGGGAACCAACUUACUUGCGACAAUAAAAGUCACAGAUGCUCUAAUACCACUGAUGAAGGAUGGUGGCCGAUCUGAAGUUGCGUCAAUGAGUGGUAUUCUAAGCAGAUCGUUCCCUGACUUGAAUAGUCCCAUUAGAAAACAACUGUUGGACCCUGAGCUUACUGUAAAGGGUUUGAGAGAAAUCCACGAUCAGUACAUUGCAGCAGUUACAAAUGAUGAUUAUACACAUUUCAAGAGAGACUCUGUUUACGGACUGUCAAAAUGUUUACUCAUUGCUCAUACUCGUGUUCUCGGACAAGAAAUAAAGAAUAAUUCCAAGGAAUUAAUUCUCAACAGCUGCUGUCCUGGCUGGGUCUCCACUGACAUGUCCAGUCACAAAGGUCCUCUUACUAUAGACGAGGGAGCUGUAACUCCUGUACUGGUUUGUACUCUUCCUUUGGAGGCGGGAAGUGGGAUGUUUUACCGGGAACAAAAGAAAUUUGAUUGGGAAAAUAAUAAAUACAUGUAAUAAGGAAAUCAGAUCCGGGGACCCCUACUAAGUUACUUUUAUAAUUAAUUAGAUUAUCAUUAUCAUUAUUUUGAGUGUGAAAUUGUUAAAUUUGAAGUUGAAUUUUUAAUGCAAUUCAAUUGUUAAAUCUUGAAAAUUGUUUCAUGAAUUUUUGUGAAAUUAAGAUUCGUGCACACUGCACAGUGACCAAUUUAUGUUUUUCUAUUUUAGCUGCAAU